GAAAUAUGGUUCAGUACAGAGAGGAAAACAUGCGAAAAGACAGAAGAGGAUUUCCUUAGACUUGUUUAUCCAAGAGAAGAACACAGCCUCAGCUCUCAGGGAAGGUGCCUCUCCGCAAUCUAGCCACUCGUCUGUUUGUAUUGGGGAUUAAACCCAGGAGGACUCCUGCCAAGACACAUCCACAGUUCUUAUUUUUUCUCAAGUCUUGUUAUGUUGCCAAGGCUGGCCUUGAACUCAAGAUCUUCCUGUCUCAGCCUUCCAAGUCCCUGGGAUUACAGGACCUGCUAAGUUGUUUUCCCCAGCAGCUGUGCAUCAUUUUGCAUUCCAAGCACCAUGCAUGAAGGUUCCAGUUCCUGUACAUCUUUGCAACAGGAUCAUGGCCCAGGUAGCGAUGUCCACCCUGCCUGUUGAAGAUGAGGAGUCUUCGGAGAGCAGGAUGGUGGUGACCUUCCUCAUGUCUGCCCUCGAGUCCAUGUGUAAAGAGCUGGCCAAGUCCAAGGCAGAAGUGGCCUGCAUCGCCGUGUACGAGACAGACGUGUUCGUGGUGGGCACCGAGAGGGGCCGCGCUUUCGUCAACUCCAGAAAGGAUUUCCAGAAAGAUUUUGUAAAAUACUGUGUUGAAGAAGAAGAAAAGGCUGCAGAGAUGCAUAAAAUGAAAUCUUCAACCCAGUCUGGCCGGCUGAGCGUGGAUGCUGUAGAGAUUGAAACACUCAGAAAAACAGUUGAGGACUAUUUCUGCUUUUGCUAUGGGAAAGCUUUAGGCAAGUCCACAGUGGUGCCCGUACCGUAUGAGAAGAUGCUGCGAGACCAGUCGGCCGUGGUAGUACAGGGGCUUCCAGAGGGAGUUGCCUUUAAACACCCCGAAAAUUAUGACCUUGCAACCCUGAAGUGGAUUCUGGAGAAUAAAGCAGGGAUUUCAUUUAUCAUCAAAAGACCUUUCCUGGAGCCAAAGAAACACCUAGGUGGUCGUGUGAUGGUAACAGAUGCUGAAAGGCCCAUACUGUCUCCAGGUGGAAGUUGUGGCCCCAUCAAAGUGAAAACUGAGCCUACAGAAGAUUCUGGCAUUUCUCUGGAAAUGGCAGCUGUGACAGUAAAGGAGGAGUCAGAAGACCCUGACUACUACCAGUACAACCUCCAAGCAGGCCCUUCUGAAACUGAUGAUGUUGAUGAAAAACUGCCCCUUUCGAAGUCUUUGCAAGGAAGCCAUCAUUCUUCAGAAGGCAACGAAGGAGCAGAAAUGGAAGUGCCCGCAGAAGAUUCUACUCAACAUGUCCCUUCAGAAACAAGUGAGGACCCUGAAGUUGAGGUGACUAUUGAAGAUGAUGAUUAUUCUCCACCCACCAAGAGACCAAAGAGCAAUGAGCCUCCACAGCCGCCAGUCACGGAACCUGCGAACGCCGGGAAGCGGAAAGUGAGGGAGUUCAACUUCGAGAAAUGGAAUGCUCGAAUUACUGAUCUACGUAAACAAGUGGAAGAAUUGUUUGAAAGAAAAUACGCUCAAGCAAUAAAAGCCAAAGGUCCGGUGACGAUCCCAUACCCUCUUUUCCAGUCUCAUGUUGAAGAUCUUUAUGUAGAAGGACUUCCUGAAGGAAUUCCUUUUAGAAGGCCGUCUACCUACGGAAUUCCUCGCCUGGAGAGGAUAUUGCUUGCAAAGGAAAGGAUUCGUUUUGUGAUCAAGAAACAUGAACUCCUCAACUCCACCCGGGAAGACUUACAGCUUGACAAGCCUGCGUCAGGAGUGAAGGAGGAGUGGUACGCCAGGAUCACCAAGCUGAGGAAGAUGGUGGACCAGCUCUUCUGCAAGAAGUUCGCUGAGGCCUUGGGGAGCACUGAAGCCAAGGCUGUACCGUACCAAAAGUUUGAGGCGCAUCCUAAUGAUCUCUAUGUGGAAGGGCUACCAGAAAACAUUCCUUUUAGAAGUCCCUCCUGGUAUGGAAUCCCAAGGCUGGAGAAAAUCAUUCAAGUGGGCAGUCGGAUUAAAUUUGUUAUUAAAAGACCAGAACUUCUGACUCACAGUACAGCUGAAGUCACUCAGCCCAGAACGAACACGCCAGUCAAAGAAGAUUGGAAUGUUAGAAUUACCAAGCUACGGAAGCAAGUAGAAGAGAUUUUUAAUUUGAAAUUUGCUCAAGCUCUUGGACUCACUGAGGCAGUGAAAGUACCGUACCCUGUGUUUGAAUCAAACCCGGAGUUCCUGUAUGUGGAAGGUUUGCCAGAAGGAAUUCCCUUCCGAAGCCCCACCUGGUUUGGAAUUCCACGACUUGAAAGGAUUGUCCGUGGGAGCAAUAAAAUUAAGUUUGUUGUUAAAAAACCUGAACUAGUCGUUUCCUACUUGCCUCCUGGGAUGGCCAGUAAAAUAAACACUAAAGCAUUGCAGUCCCCCAAAAGACCACGAAGCCCCGGGAGUAACUCAAAGGUGCCUGAAAUUGAGGUCACCGUGGAAGGCUCUAACAACAACAAUCCUCAGACCUCCGCUGUUCGCACUCCCACCCAGACUAAUGGCUCCAACGUUCCCUUUAAGCCGCGUGGGAGAGAGUUCUCGUUUGAGGCCUGGAAUGCCAAGAUCACGGACCUGAAGCAGAAAGUGGAAAAUCUUUUCAACGAAAAAUGCGGGGAAGCUCUUGGCCUCAAGCAGGCGGUGAAGGUGCCCUUUGCGUUAUUCGAAUCCUUCCCGGAAGACUUCUACGUGGAAGGCUUACCUGAGGGCGUGCCCUUCCGGAGACCGUCUACUUUUGGCAUUCCAAGGCUGGAGAAGAUACUUCGAAACAAGGCCAAGAUCAAGUUCAUCAUUAAGAAGCCAGAAAUGUUUGAGACGGCGAUCAAGGAGAGCACCUCCUCCUCCAAGAGCCCCCCCAGAAAAAUAAAUUCAUCACCCAGUGUUAACACGACCGCGUCAGGUGUGGAAGAUCUUAACAUCAUUCAAGUGACAAUUCCAGAUGAUGAUAAUGAAAGACUGUCAAAAGUUGAAAAGGCAAGACAGCUAAGAGAGCAAGUGAACGACCUCUUCAGCCGGAAGUUCGGUGAGGCCAUCGGCAUGGGCUUCCCCGUGAAGGUGCCCUACAGGAAAAUCACCAUCAACCCUGGGUGCGUGGUGGUCGAUGGCAUGCCCCCCGGAGUGUCCUUCAAAGCCCCCAGCUACCUGGAGAUCAGCUCCAUGAGAAGGAUCCUAGAUUCUGCUGAGUUUAUCAAGUUCACCGUCAUUAGACCAUUUCCAGGACUUGUGAUUAACAACCAGUUGGUGGAUCAGAAUGAGUCAGAAGGCCCUGUGAUCCAAGAGUCAGCUGAGCCGAGCCAGCUGGAAGCACCAGCCACGGAAGAAAUUAAGGAGACGGAUGGAAGCUCUCAGAUCAAGCAGGAACCAGACCCCACGUGGUAGACUUACUUCCUCCCAGCUUAAAGUAUCAGUGGUUGAGAAGAGCUUUUUGGACCUGUUACUGCCCCAAGCUGUGUAAUAUACUUGUAUAACAGAAAUACCUUCUAUACAAACCUUUUUUUCUACUUUUAGAUAGAAAUGUCUACUUUUUCAGCAGUUCUGUGAAUUGAAUUAAAGAGCAGAGUGACUGUAGAUUUGGAAUGGCUGGCUUACUUUGGAAUGUAUAUUGAGGAUUUCAGCACUGCUGGGAACACGACAGGGAAGUGACAGGGUGACUCUCGGCAGACGUUUUGCAUAUCAGCAGAGCCUCCGGCGUGGCGUGCGUUUCCCAGUGAGUGAAGAUAUCUGCUCCUGGAACAUCUCAGCUUCUGCAGCGAAGAAAUUCCUGUGAUAGUCAGUUCUUUAGUUUUUCUAUUUGGAAAAUCACUUAAACGAUCCUCUGUUCACAGCUGUCUUGACGACCGGGUGAGCAGCUAGUUGUCUGUGUAUCUGACUAAACCUUUUCCUACGCUGUCGAUCAUGGUUCAUACGUUUUUACCCUGAUUAACUACCGUGUGGAUGCCCUGACGGUCGGCAGGAGGCCGCACCAGCGCGUGGUGUGGACGGUGUGCAGAAGCCUCUUUCUUCACUUGUACUUUCCGUCUAAAUAAAAUGCAUCGUGUAGCCCGGGCACUGAGGUCAGGUCUGAGCGUUGGGGUGAGCUGCGCCUCGGGACCUGUGUGGCCUGGGCUGUCACGGCCUUGGAUGUUUUCUAAUUCUGCGUGUGACACUGAGGCCCCAGUGGGCAGCAGGGUCUCCAGGUUGAUGAAUUCUGCACCCUUGCUAUUCCGCGCCAUCCGUAGGAGAGUCCACGUGUGCGGAGAGUUCACAGACGGUGGGAGUUGUAAAAUACCAGCUGUAAAAGCUAGAGUACAUGGCGGCAUAGAGUUCUCGUUAGCUUUAUCACGAUAUUCACAAUGGAGAAUUAUAUACAUGGUAGCAAAAAUAGGCAUUUUUAUGUGUUGCUUAUAUUUUACCUCAAAUUAAAUUGUAGAUAUAGGGUAAUAAAUAAAGUCCAUCCAUGCCUUUCA